GGUGGAAAAAUGUUGACGUCUCAGGUUUCAGUGAAAGUUAACGAAGUUUUGAAAUGAGUAUGUAAUAAAAUGCACAUAUCUUUUACCCGGCUCCGAGAGAAUCAAUCAAUAGUGGAAAACAGUUGUCCGAUAUUUAUUCCAGGGUCUGGACUGGGAUUGAAUACCGUCUUUGAAUUGUGACUGCCAGUUACUGUUUCAACAAUGGCAUCAGGAGUGUCAGUCGAAAAAGAUUCUGCUUUUUACAAGAAAGUUAUGAUUAAAUGUCGGUUAAGAUUUAUAGAAGAUCUUGACCCAAGUGCACUGUUGGAUGUCUUCCUUGCAGAAGAAUAUUUUACAGUCACACAGGAAAGGGAUAUACGGGAGUUAACCAACACGUCGGAGAAGAAUAGAGAAAUUCUAGCAAAAGUCAGCGCCAAAGGUGUCAAGGGGUACACCGAGUUCAAGACGUGUUUGAUAAAGUCACGUCAAGAACACUUGGCAGAAUAUUUAGACACAACUGUAGCCAAACUAGAAGAAGAAAUGUUAGCUGCUCAAGAAACUUCACCAACUGUUAAUGAUCGUGCAGGAUUUAAAUGUUCAGUUUGUGACCUUUCAUAUGACACCGUGCAAAUUUUGGAACAACAUACACAGACGCCUGAACACAUGGAUAUGAUUAAAGAACAGCAAGAGUUUGCAAAAGAAAAUCAAGAAGAAAAUGAGGAUGAAACCGGUGACUUUUCAAGUCUAGCUAGUAGUAUGCAUGAGCAGAACGCAAUUAAUUGCAAUGACCAAGUCAGUCAGUGUUACCUGUGUAAUGUCAGAUUCACAUCCCCGUCACACGCAAAUAGUCACUUGAGCGGUAAGCCACAUAAAAGGAGAAAAGCUCUGUUUGACUCGGAGGUUCAUAAGCCCAGUCACGAUUCCAUGGAAAAUGAAAGUGUUCAGCAGUCUUCAGAAAAUGUUGGUCAGCCCAAUAGUCAAAUGUCCCUGCCACAAGACACUCUGAGAUCAAGUAGCACAACAAUGUCAGUAGAUUUGAGUAAGACAGGUCUUUCCUGUGAUAUCUGUAAUGUUCCUUUUACUAGCAAAUACAAUGCUCAACAACAUUACGACAGUGAUAGACACAAAAAGAAAGCUAUUUUACUGCAAAAGCAGAAGCUGGGAGAAGUAUUUCCAAUGUCAUGUGACAUUUGUAUCUGCAGUUUUACCGGCCAGGAAAGUGCUGAAGCCCAUUUCAAUAGUGAGAAGCACAGGAAGGCGGUAAACAAGGCUAAAAUAGAAGGUGGAGGCGGCUUUCCUUUAUUUUGCAAAAUCUGCUCAUGCCCUUUUUCUAGCGAAUUGAAUGCAAAACAGCAUUUUGAGAGCAAGAAGCAUAAACGGAAACAGGAACUUAAUGAACAGAAUGCUGAAACCAGUAUCCGGAACACAAGUCUGGGACUGGAUAGUGAUGUACCUAGUACUAAAAAUGAUGUUCAUGGCCCAGAAGAAAAUGGAGAUGCGACAGUUCAACGAGAUGAAGAUGAAGUGGCCAUUGAUUUACAAAAUUUAUCUUUGUGUGACAAAUGAGAGUACUACACUUGAGACAGUAAACUCAAUAAGUUAAUCAAUAACUGAAAUCUGUUUAGUCUUUAAUUAUUUAACAUAUGUAUCUAAAAUGUGUGAUUAACUUUAAGGAAAUAGAGUAUUUUAACACGUCUAAAAAGGUAUUUAAAUAAUUGUUCUACGGGCUUUCUUAUUUGUGACAUCAAGGACAGUAGGGGUCCUCUAUGGCCUAUUGGUUAAUGCCGCUGGCUUCGAAUCACUUGCCCCUCACCGCUAUGGGCUCGACAUCUGUCUUGGGGCGUACGAUUCUUUCAUGUAAGGAAGCCAUACAGCUUAUGUAAGGAAGGUCGUGGAUCUGCCUAAGUGCCCACCUGUGCCUUAAAAUAAUACUUGAUGGGACACCUGAUAAUAUGUUGUUGAAGGACUUUGUAAAACAACAAUUUCUUAAUAGAUACAUUAGAGCACAACGCAGAGUGAGUCCUGGUGCGUGGAUUAAUUUACCGCCGCCACACAGCACUUAAAACAACUUGCAUGAUUUGCCUUUUCAAUACCUAUACGCUCCUGACACUAGGCAUGAAUAAACAGAUUUUAGAAGAAAGUAGUAAGAAGUAAGAAGGAUAUGGUGUUUGCUCAGAACUGAUAUCUAUAAAUAAAGUUCAUCUAACGAAUUGACGUAAAGCAGUAACCAACCGGACAUAAAGCUAUUAAGUAUAAAGAAAGCAUUUAUUAUGAUUGUUUGAUUUGACACAAUAGUUUUCUGGUUGUAUACGACAGGAACUAACCGUAUCACUUGCUCUGUAAUAACCGUACUUCAUUAUUGGUUUCCUAAGUGGGAUUGUUAAAACGUACGGCAUGUGAUUCAAAACUACGUUGCAAAUACUUCAGUGGUGUUUUGAGACUUUCCAAGGCAUGUCCAGUAUUGUGGUUCUUUGUUUGUUUAGACGUUUUACUCUGUCUAUGUAUUACUGUGUACAUAUCCAUUGUAUUCUACAUUCGAUUAAUUCUAUUUUCCAACUAAUUUAUUCAAAUCGAGUUAUAUUUUUUAAGAAAAUUGUAAAUUUGAGAUAAUGUGUCACGCCACUAGAUGAAUACAGUGUGUUCAAUUCCAGGAUAUAUAUAAUUCAGAUGGAUGUUUUGUAUAGUGUCGAAAGGUACGGUCAGUAAAUGUUUCUGUAACAUAUCUAGUUCCUGUUUGAAUUGAACGUGUGUUUUCAGAACCCAUAUAGAAAGAUAAGAGAAAUUUACGUAACUUAUUUGAAUUUUGGUAUGAACUCUGAAGAUUGGUGUGAAAACUCAAUUUUUAUUUUGUAUAGAAGUAUUUGUUUUUCAGUAUUACAUACAUAUUAAACACAAUCACAUUAUUCUUGCAAUAAGUUUUUACAGAAAAAUCGGUUUUAUACAUUGUUUAAGCAAUAUAAAUGAAGUGUUCAGCAUGUGCAAUAUUAGUGACUUUGACCAAGGUAUUCCUUUAAAUAAACAUAUACUAGCAAUAUAGUUUCCUUACAUAGUACAACCACUACAUAAAGAAGUAGAUUUUUUUUUCUCAAAGAUUGCAGACCAUUUUGCAAAUUUCCUCUUGUUUUGAGCUACAGAAAUUUUAGUUUCUUAUUUGUAAUUUAGUAUGAUCUCUUGAAUAGUUUUUAAUGCAUAUUAUUUUCGCUUAUAAGUAUUGGUUAUUCAGUUCUAGAUACAUAAUUAUUUAGCAAACUUAUCUUAUUCAUGCAAUGAAUUUUUAGAAGAAAAAUCUGUAUUAUACGUUGUUAAAGCAAUGAAUAAUUAGGUAUUCAGUGUGUGCAAUAUAGACAAGUUGAGUGACUUACCAGGGCAAUGUUUUAAAGAAGCUUUUUCUUCCUUAGUUAUUAACAGUAUCUAAAGUUUGUUAUAGAACACAAUAUUCACUACAUUAAGAAAAGGAACUUUUUCAGUUCGUAUGAUUAACACUUGCCGACAGAUGUUCAUAUGUAUAGGUUGAAUAUCAGUACGAUUUUGAAUACACUUUAAUUAUGAUGACUGCAGACAUAUAUAGAUAAUGUUUGUUGAUUCAAAUGAAUUUCAUGUCGUGAGCACCAUAAGUAGUAUUUUGAAAAUAUAUUGCAUGAUUUUUAUGAGAAAAAAAAACAACGUUUUACGCCAAAGUUGAACAAAUUUUCUCUUUUCUGUUGGUUGAUGAGUUUUAACUGCAUCCGAGAGUUUAAAUUACUUAUUUGAAGUUGUGUGUGAUCACUUGAGUAGUUUUUAAUGCAUUUUAGCCUUAUGGAGAACUGUCCUACUGGUCGGCGUUCAUGUCCGCACCUUGGUAAACAUUUCGAUGCAGCUUUACUUUAUGUAUAUUAGAUUUACUUAACACUGACAGCAAUUAUUCCACAUCAUUAUCCACAUCAUAGACCCAAGAGCUAUGUCUUGCAUCAAUAAUAUAUUAAUUAUGCCCCUUUUUACUCAGAAUUUUAGCCUAAUUUUGAUGCAUUUUGACGAUAUUUUUGUUAUUACUUAAUGGAUUUGAAUCAGACUCAAACGAGUUCAUCCACAACAUCUUCUUCUUCAUAUGACACAAGGUCAAUAACUCUGUCAAAAUAUUUAAUGAAUUAUGCCCAGAUUGUUCAAUGUUUCAAAUUGUGAUGCUUUUUUUUGCUCUAUCUUAGUUAUUACUUAAAUUAUGUGAUUCACACUUAGACACGGAAUGAUGAAUUACUCCUGCAGAAAUGUACCAUGAAUAAGGUCCCUUUUUAAACUAAGUUAAUAUUUUGACUUUAACUCUAUGUCUGUAAUCAUU